AAUGUCUGAACAAAAAGUAAUUCUGGUAACCGGUGGCUCGGGUCUUGUUGGGAAGGCCAUACAAACUGUUGUCUCUGCUGAAUCAAGGUCAGACGAGAAAUGGAUUUUUAUUGGUUCUAAAGAUGCAGAUCUGUGUGAUAAACAGAGUACAUUGAGGCUCUUUGAAAAGUACAGACCAACUCAUGUAAUCCACUUAGCUGCAAUGGUCGGUGGGUUGUUUCACAACAUGAAUCAUAAUCUAGACUUUCUCCGAAACAAUUUACACAUAAAUGACAAUGUGUUGCAAUCUGCUCAUGAAACCAAUGUGAUUAAAGUGGUUUCUUGUCUUUCCACAUGUAUUUUCCCCGAUAAAACCACGUACCCUAUUGACGAAACUAUGGUUCAUAACGGACCUCCUCAUCCUUCGAACUAUGGAUACAGCUAUGCAAAGCGACUUAUAGACAUAGCAAAUCGAGGAUAUCACCAGCAACAUAACAGAAUUUAUACGAGUGUUAUACCCUGCAACGUGUUUGGACCUCACGACAAUUUUAAUUCAGAAGCAAGUCACGUUAUUCCUGGAUUGAUGAGAAAAUUGUACGACUUAAUGAAAAAUGGUAACACAGAAGACAUGGAAUUCAAAGUUAUGGGCUCUGGUAAACCACUGAGACAAUUCAUCUACAGUUUGGAUCUUGCCAAAUUAUUCGUCUGGGUUCUACGCGAAUAUAAUUCAGUCGAACCAAUUAUUUUAUCAGUUGACGAAACUGAAGAAGUGACGAUAGCCCGAGUUGCCGAAUGUCUGGUUCAAGCUUUCGGGUUCAAAGGAAAAAUCGUUUUUGAUACAACGGCUGCGGAUGGUCAAUACAAAAAAACAGCGAGCAAUGCAAAGCUCCGGGCUUUCCUGCCAGAUUUCAAAUUCACGCCUUUCGAUCAAGCGAUUCGUGAGAGUGUUGAUUGGUAUCGGGAAAACUACAAUCAAGCCAGGAAUUGAAGACUCAUGAGUUAUAUUGCAGGCAUUGCAUCAAGGGUCCAUUCAACUCAUCGAUCAAAAUCAAUUGCGUGCAGUAUGAAAGAAAAUUGAUUAGUUUUCUGAAACUUUACAGCGGUAUACAAAAGUGAGGAUGCAAAGGGAUCGAGUUUUGCCUGGCAAAACUCCAAAUUCUGUCAUUUCAGGGAGAAUAAACGAAGCGAGAAAAGUCAUUAGUAAAAUUGAAAAA